CGUGGCACCCAAUUUUGCGCUCCCUUCCGAGCCGAUUUGGUCGAACGAUCAGCGAAGACAAGGCGAUCACGGACUCACGGAAAGCCCCGAUGGCCAUUGCCAAAUCUCCGCUGCCGAUCUUGUCGUCUUCGGUCGGCCGUGAUCCCAUUUGAGGCGAUGUUGUUGUGCUUUUUAGAUGUGAAGUCGGAAACCCUAGAUUCGUGGCUGCAGCUAGACAUUAGGGUUUCGCAUCGAGCAUUCUUGUAUGCUACCUUUGCUUCCGUAGUCCUACUUUUUUUUACCAUAUAUCGCUUAGAUCUGUCGUUGUGGCGACAUUCUUGGCGCUCGAGUUAUUACAGCUGUGUGGCGGCUCAUCUGUUUGGAUCUUUGUUGAUUUCUGGAGUUCUUUUUGUUCUGCGGGAUACACGAGUUAGCUGCAGUGAGUAUAUUCAUGCAUAAAAGGAAGUGUCACUCCAGUUUCAAACAGAAAGACGUCUUUGCAUCGAUAAACUCGAUGAAGCUUCAACUUAUUUGGCUUGGGUGAGCUGUUGAAAUGCUAUUGACUGUGGAAGGAGGAGGAUUCUUUUCUUCUUCUGCAUCAGGGUAUACCAGUGGUCUUGCCCUUCUACUUUUUGGCCGGAGAAAUGAUGAGCAGCCCAUGAAAGUUUCACCAUGGACUAACUACCAGUUAGUGGAGCAAGGACUUGAGUCAGAAUCUCAGCUGGCUUCUAGGAAAAAGCAAAAUUCUCAAGGAUGCACUUCCUUCAUAUGUUUCAGUUGUGCUCAAGACAGACAAUUUCCUCACAAACUUGAUCUAGCUAACCAGUCUGAAACUUCAUCAGAUUCAUCAUCUUCUGAUGCGAACAAGGUAACAAUCAAUGGUGCUGCUACUGUGAGUGAAAGGAAGCCUUGUCUCAAGAGUAAUAUAAAGAAGCCUUCCAGAAAUUGUUCCACAGCAUGUGAAGGUGAUGAUUCCCAUGAAGUUUCAGGAGUGGAAAAUGAGACAUCUUGUUGUACUGUAGGGAGGAAAGUUCAGUGGACUGAUAAAUGUGGGAAGGAGCUUGUAGAGAUAAGAGAAUUUGAGCUCAGUGAUGACAAUCCAUCGGAUGGGGAAUUUGAGCAUGAAAAAUUCAGAAGAUGUGAAUGUGUAAUUCAGUAAAUUUAAUAUAUCCAUAAAUGGAUGCAAGGACCCAAGCAGAUUGGGAAAGCAUGGUAAUCCUCUGGCAACUGCAGAAAUCUGCAUUGUAAUUGGCUGUAUAAACCAGUCAACUCCAUCACAACCAACAAAUACGUUUGUUCAAGUAUCAUGGAGGAGAAUGUGGGACAAUCACGUACCCUUUUUGUGCCACUUCUAUUUUUUAUUUGUUGCAGCCAAGUUUCCUUUUCCUGAUUGUUUCCACUUUUUUGACUGGCAAUCUAGGCUUCAUAUCCUGUUUGCCUUUUGUAUUGUAAUAUUCAUUUAGUGUUUCCUCGCUUAACAUUAUGUUGUUUAUAUUACUGUAUCAAUUAAAAUGGCCUUUCUUGCA